AUGUUCUUGUCAUUGAAAAAGGGGAAAAUCACUAUGCUUGAACUUCUUUUCAUUUUGAUGUUGCUCUUCUCUGGACCAACCCUGAGCAAGCUUAGCAGGACCAAAGGCAAACACUGGAAGGGGGGAUCCCGUCUCCGCCAAGAGGACUUUCCACCACGGAUUGUUGAGCAUCCCUCAGAUGUGAUAGUGUCUAAAGGAGAGCCAACCACUCUGAACUGCAAGGCAGAGGGGAGGCCCACCCCCACCAUCGAGUGGUACAAGGAUGGCGAGCGGGUGGAGACGGACAAGGACGACCCGCGCUCCCACCGGAUGCUGCUGCCCAGCGGAUCUUUAUUUUUCCUGCGCAUCGUGCACGGGCGCAGGAGUAAACCCGACGAGGGCAGCUACGUUUGUGUAGCAAGGAACUACCUUGGGGAAGCCGUGAGUCGCAACGCGUCCCUGGAAGUGGCAUUGCUGCGGGAUGACUUCCGGCAGAACCCUACGGACGUGGUGGUGGCAGCGGGAGAGCCUGCGAUCCUGGAGUGCCAGCCGCCCCGGGGGCACCCCGAGCCCACCAUCUACUGGAAGAAGGAUAAAGUCCGCAUUGACGACCGGGAGGAGCGCAUCAGUAUCCGUGGUGGGAAGCUGAUGAUCUCCAACACCAGAAAAAGUGAUGCAGGGAUGUACACGUGUGUGGGGACCAACAUGGUGGGGGAGCGCGACAGUGACCCUGCAGAGCUGACUGUCUUUGAGCGGCCCACGUUUCUCAGGCGACCGAUUAACCAAGUGGUGCUGGAGGAGGAGGCCGUGGAUUUCCGGUGCCAGGUGCAGGGGGAUCCCACUCCCACAGUCCGGUGGAAGAAAGAUGAUGCAGACUUACCAAGAGGAAGGUACGACAUCAAGGACGACUACACCCUGCGCAUCAAGAAAGCCGUGAGCAGCGACGAAGGAACCUACACCUGCAUUGCCGAGAACCGCGUGGGCAAGGUGGAAGCCUCUGCUACGCUCACCGUGCGAGCUCGCCCCGUUGCUCCCCCACAGUUUGUGGUGAGACCACGAGACCAGAUUGUAGCCCAGGGUCGAACUGUGACUUUUCCUUGUGAAACUAAAGGAAAUCCCCAGCCAGCUGUUUUCUGGCAAAAAGAAGGAAGUCAGAACCUACUCUUCCCAAACCAGCCUCUGCAGCCCAACAGCAGAUAUUCAGUGUCACCAACUGGGGACCUCACCAUUACCAACAUCCAGAGGUCUGAUGCAGGCUACUACAUCUGUCAAGCACUGACGGUUGCUGGAAGCAUUUUAGCAAAGGCUCAGCUGGAGGUUACUGAUGUCCUGACAGAUCGGCCUCCGCCCAUCAUCCUCCAGGGCCCCGUCAACCAGACGCUGGCAGUGGAUGGCACAGCUCUGCUCAAGUGCAAGGCCACCGGCGACCCCCUCCCUGUCAUCAGCUGGCUCAAGGAGGGGUUCACCUUCCUGGGCCGGGACCCUCGGACAUCCAUACAGGACCAGGGCACGCUCCAGAUCAAAGCUCUGCGGCUCUCUGAUACUGGGACUUACACUUGCGUUGCUACGAGUUCCAGUGGGGAGACGUCCUGGAGUGCUGUGCUGGAGGUGACAGAAUCUGGUGGAGCAACAGUCAGUAAAAAUUAUGAUAUAAAUGACCUCCCUGGGCCACCAUCCAAACCUCAGGUCACUGAUGUUACUAAGAACAGUGUCACCCUGUCCUGGCAGCCAGGGACCCCUGGAAGCCUACCAGCUAGUGCAUAUAUCAUUGAGGCUUUCAGUCAGUCUGUGAGCAACAGCUGGCAGACGGUGGCCAACCACGUGAAGAGCACGCUGUACACCGUGCGAGGCCUGCGCCCCAACACCAUCUACCUGUUCAUGGUCAGAGCCAUCAACCCCCAGGGCCUGAGCGACCCCAGCCCCAUGUCAGACCCUGUCCGAACCCAAGAUAUCAGCCCCCCAGCACAAGGUGUGGAUCACAGGCAAGUCCAGAAGGAGCUGGGAGAUGUCAUUGUACGGCUGCACAAUCCUGUUGUGCUGACACCCACGACAGUGCAAGUCACCUGGACGGUGGACCGGCAGUCCCAGUUUAUCCAGGGCUACCGCGUGCUGUACCGCCAGACCUCGGGCCUGCCCGUCCCAGCCACGUGGCAGAACCUGGAGGUCAAAGUGCCCACCGAGCGCAGCGCCGUCCUCGUCAGCCUCAAAAAGGGGGUCACCUAUGAGAUCAAGGUCCGCCCUUACUUCAAUGAGUUCCAAGGCAUGGACAGUGAAUCCAAGUCUGCUCGUACCACAGAGGAAGCUCCAAGUGCUCCUCCUCAGUCUGUCACUGUCCUGACAGUUGGAAAUCACAACAGCACAAGCAUCAGCAUCUCCUGGGAUCCUCCCCCUCCAGAUCACCAAAAUGGAGUCAUCCAGGAGUACAAGAUCUGGUGCCUAGGUAAUGAGACUCGAUUUCAUAUCAACAAAACAGUAGAUGCAGCCAUUCGGUCUGUAGUAAUAGGUGGCCUAUAUCCAGGUAUCCAGUACCGCGUGGAAGUUGCUGCAAGCACCAGUGCAGGUGUGGGAGUAAAAAGUGACCCACAACCCAUAAUAAUAGGAGGUCGUAACGAAGUUGUCAUCACUGAAAAUAACAACAGCAUAACUGAGCAAAUCACUGAUGUGGUGAAGCAGCCUGCCUUCAUAGCUGGCAUUGGUGGUGCAUGUUGGGUCAUCCUCAUGGGUUUCAGCAUCUGGCUCUACUGGCGGAGAAAGAAGAGGAAGGGGCUCAGCAAUUAUGCUGUCACCUUCCAAAGAGGAGAUGGAGGACUAAUGAGCAAUGGAAGUCGACCAGGUCUGUUGAAUGCCAGUGACCCCAGUUAUCCUUGGCUUGCAGACUCUUGGCCUGCCACAAGUCUGCCAGUAAAUAACAGUACUAGUGGACCCAAUGAUCUUGGGAAUUUUGGUCGUGGAGAUGUGCUGCCACCAGUGCCAGGGCAAGGAGAUAAAACCGCUACCAUGCUUUCUGAUGGAGCCAUUUACAGCAGCAUCGACUUCACCACCAAAACCAGUUACAACAGCUCCAGCCAAAUAACCCAGGCUACGCCAUAUGCCACCACCCAGAUCCUGCAUUCCAACAGCAUCCACGAGCUGGCCGUCGAUUUACCAGAUCCGCAGUGGAAAAGCUCAAUUCAGCAAAAAAAUGACCUCAUGGGAUUUGGUUACUCUCUCCCAGACCAAGGCAAAGGCAACAAUGCCUUGCUUUACAUCCCUGACUACCGGGUGGCUGAGGGACUGGCUAAUAGAUUGCCACACAACCAGUCACAGGAUUUCAGCACCACCAGCUCCCACAACAGCUCCGAAAGGAGUGGCAGCCUCUCAGGUGGCAAAGGAGGGAAAAAGAAGAAAAACAAAAAUACUACCAAGCCCCAGAAAAAUAAUGGUUCAACCUGGGCCAGUGUUCCCCUCCCACCCCCUCCUGUGCAGCCACUUCCAGGCACAGAGCUGGAACACUAUGGGGUGGAUCAGCAAGAAGCAGGAUAUGACAGUGAUGGUUGGUGUCCACCUUUGCCAGUUCAGACCUACCUGCAUCAGGGCAUGGAAGAUGAGCUUGAGGAAGAUGAUGAUCGUGUCCCCACACCUCCUGUCCGGGGAGUAGCUUCAUCUCCUGCCAUCUCCUUUGGGCAGCAGUCGACUGCAACUCUCACGCCUUCUCCACGAGAGGAGAUGCAGCCAAUGCUUCAAGCUCACCUUGAUGAGUUAACAAGGGCUUACCAGUUUGAUAUAGCAAAGCAGACAUGGCACAUCCAAAGCAAUACACAACCUCCUCAGGCUCCAGUUCCUCCCCUAGGAUACGUAUCUGGAAACCUUAUUUCAGAUUUGGAAACAGAUGUUCCAGACGACGAUGACGAUGAGGAUGAUAUUGAAGAAGAAACUGUAGAAAUCAGUAGGCCACUAAGAGGUCUAGAGCAUACUCCAGGCUCCAGUAUGGACAAUCUAGAGAGCUCUGUAACAGGUUCAAUGGUAAAUGGAUGGGGUUCUGCGUCUGAUGAGGACCGUAACUUUUCUAGCCAUAGAUCUAGUGUAGGUAGCUCCUCAGAUGACUCCAUCUUUACCAGCGGCACUUUUGCACAAGCACUGGUUGCAGCAGCAGAUAAAGCUGGGUUUAGGCUGCAUGGAACCAGCCUGACAAGAACAGGCAAAGCAUAUUCUUCCUCUCAGAGACCUCGGCCAGGCAGUCCUUUUUCUACUGACAGCAACACGAGUGCAGCUGUCAGUCAGGGUCAGAGGCAGAGGCCCACGAAGAAACACAAGGGCGGGCGUUUGGAGCAGCCCGCUCUGCCUCAUCGCCGCGAGGGAAUCACGGACGAUCUUCCACCACCACCCGACCCGCCCCCCGGUCAGGGUUUAAGGCAGCCCAUAGUGCCCGGCCAGCGCGGAGGCUCUGCCGAGAGGAAGGGGAGCUCUCUGGAGAGGCAGCACGCGGCAGCCAACGUAGAUGACACAAAGAGCUCCCUGGACCGGCCCGCUAGGACAUCACUAGAGUGGCAGCGGCAAGCCCAGGAGUGGAUAAGCUCUGCAGACCGCCAAGAGGAUUUCAGGAAAGCCCAACACAAACAAGCCUUCGGAUCAGAAGAGGCACUCGUACCAUAUAGUAAACCCAACUUCCCAUCCCCUGGUGGCCACAGCUCUUCAGGAACAUCUUCUUCUAAAGGAUCAACUGGACCCAGAAAAGAGUAGUUGAGAAGACACAUUGCAAGCUGCUCUGAUGGACCAUCAGGUCUGAACUCAUGGAAGUGAUGACACUAAACAGUGCAAUGAACAUUUUCUUUAUUUAUGUACUAUUAAAAGAACUGUAAAUGCAAUGUAAAGACACACAGCCACACAUAUCCCACAGAUACUUUACUUGUGUUCUUCUCUUUAAUACACCAUCCACCUUAAACUAUUCCUUGUCAGGAGUAUAUAAAAAAAAAGAAAGAAAAAAAAAUCACCCUCCAGGAUUAAA